AUGGCUGUGGUGAAGCUGGCUUGUGGGAACAUCCGAGCCAACGUUGUUUACGGCCUCUUUGUGGCUUUUGUGGUUGUUGGAUUCGAUAUCUUCAUCAUUGCUAUGUCCUAUGUCAUGAUCCUCAAGACCGUGUUGAGACUCCCAUCCCAAGACGCUCGUUUGAAAGCCUUUGGGACCUGUGCAUCCCAUAUCUGUGUUAUUCUUUCUUUCUAUAUUCCAGCUCUCUUCACUUUCCUCACUCACCGGUUUGGCCACAAUGUCCCCCACCAUAUCCACAUUAUAGUGGCUAUUCUCUACCUUCUGGUGCCCCCCACUUUGAAUCCUGUUAUAUAUGGGGUGAAAACCAAGAUGAUCAGGGAGAGGAUUCUCACUAUAUUCCUUAUUUCAGGUGGACAAAGAACAACUUUCAGGGAGGGCACAUAGCUCAAUGGUGGCUCACAGGGUUUGGAUGGAGAACCCCUUAAAUUCAAUCCCAGGCAUCUCCAGUUAAAACCAUCUCUUGUAUAAAGGCUAGGAAUUAUAUUUGUCUGGCACUUUGGAACAUCCAAUGAAGCUGAAUGUUGCAAGAUUCGGAAGAGAUAAAAAGGGCUUCCUCAUGCAGAGCAAACUGUGGAACUCCCUCCCACAGCAGGCUGUGAUGGCCACAACUUUGAUGGCCUUAAAAGUGAAUUCAUGGAGGAGAGGGCUGUCAAAGGCUACUAGCAUAAAGGUAACCAAACACGCAUUGGUUAAUAUGGUAUUAAAAAUAAAGAAAGAUUAUAAGGAAGCCAGAAGAUGGAGGUUAGAUACGAGGAUCUUCCAUAAUAGCCAAACAGUAAAUAAGAUGGGGAAAGAACUAUUAGACACAUGGGAGAUUAAGGAGAAGGUGCAAAGUACUCAAGCAAUAAUAUGAGAUAAGAUGAAAGAAGUGAUGAGGGGAAUUAGUAUUAGGGAAUCCAGUAAAUUUGGGGGAAAACAAGAGAUGAGAGAAUUAGAAGAAGAAAUUAGGAGGCUGGAAAACCAAUAUAUUAAUGGUAAAGAUAAAAGAAGUUAUCCAUAAUAAUAAUAAUAAUAAUAAUAAUAAUAAUAAUAAUAAUAUAUUACUUAUACAACCGCCAAUUUGGCUACAGAUAGAAAGGAGAGAAUUGGAAAAUAAAGAUAUGGAAAUAAUGCAGAGGGGUUUGCUAUGUGUUCACAUGUGGUGGGUGUGUAAAUAUGUACAAUUUUUUGGCAAAGGGUGUUUAAGGAGAUAACAGAAAUCACUGGGUUAAAGCUGGCUGAAAGCCUAGAGGUAGCACUAUUAUCAAUUUAUAAUGGGGUGGGAGGUUUGAAGGCUAUGAAGGUCUUGCUCACAAAUUUAUUGACAGCUACAAGGAGUUAUUAUAGCAAGGAAGCGGAAGGGGCAAGGUGAGUAUUGUUAUGGUAAAAUCUGGGUGCGAGGCUGCUCUGCCACCCAGCUCGUCGGACUAAGUCCGCGGGUCCCUGCGGAGGAAAAUGAGCUCAGCCAGAGACAGGAGCAAACUGCAGAAGAUCCAAGUUUAUUGUGCAACAGGUUCAAGGCGAGAUUGAACAGCGAGAAAGGGGCGACAUGAACUUUUGAAACUUCCCUCCAUGUCCCAGAAUACAGUGCAAAAUACAUCCCAGUUACAUCAUGAAUACAUUAAGAAGAGGUUGGGUUACACAGAUUACAUCAUGAAUACAUUAAGAAGAGGUUGGGUUACACAGGAUUCCAUCAUGAAUACAUUAAGAAGAGGUUGGGUUACAGAAGGAGACAAAUUGAAAUUGCAGAGUUUCGAGAAAUUAAAAAACAAAGUGUGAGAUUGGCUUCAUUAUUAUCAGAUAAUGGAGGCAUACAAUUUGGAUAAGAAAAUUGGCUUCCAGGUGGAAAAAUCAAAACUAGAAACAGAAUUGUUAGAACCCAAAACUAAGAAUUUGUCAAGAAUGUAUAACUUGCUGUUGAAAUGGAAUACUCAGGAUGAAACGGUGAAAUCUGCUAUGAUUAAAUGGGCACAAGAUGUUGGACAUAAUAUUAUGUUUGCUGACUGGGAACAGUUAUGGACCACAGGUAUGAAAUUUACGGCAUGUAAUGCCCUAAGAGAGAAUAUUAUGAAAAUGAUAUACAGGUGGUACAUGACCCCAGUCAAGCUUGCAAAAAUCUAUCAUUUGCUCAAUAAUAAAUGUUGGAAAUGUAAGGAAACCGAAGGUACAUUCUUUCACCUUUGGUGGACGUGCCCAAGGAUUAAGGCUUUCUGGGAAAUGAUAUAUAAUGAACUGAAAAAGGUAUUAUAAUAUACCUUCUUGAAGAAACCAGAGGCCUUUCUCCUGGGCAUAGUCGGCCAAUUGGUGUCAAAGAAGGAUAGAACUUUUUUUAUGUACGCCACAACAGCAGCAAGAAUACUCAUUGCAAAGUAUUGGAAGACACAAGAUUUACCCACUUUGGAAGAAUGGCAGAUGAAGCUGAUGGACUAUAUGGAAUUGGCAGAAAUGACUGGCAGAAUCCGAGACCAGGGAGAAGAGUCGGUGGAAGAAGAGUGGAAGAAAUUCAAAGAUUAUCUACAGAAAUAUUGUAAAAUUAAUGAAUGUUAGAAUGAUGUUGGAUAGAAAUUAAGUGGUUUCCAGCUGUAAUGCUUUAAGGGAAUAUGAAAAAUGGGUCAUAAAUAGGUAAAAAUCUAAUGCUAUUAUUUUUAAGAUCAAGGAUUAGGAUAAUUAAAGAGGGUAAGGAUUUGCUGAACCAACAGAUUAAAGUGGAAUACAAAAAAGGGAGGUAUGAGGAGGUCCGGGAAACAAGCUAAAGGAAAAUAAGUAAUGGAAAAUCUGUGUGUUUUUAACUAUUUUUAUUUUGUAUUUAUGUUAUUUUUUUUCAUUUUUAUUGUAAUAUUUUAAAAAAUCUUAAUAAAUAUCUUAUAAAAAAAAAAGAGGUUGGGUUACACAGGAUUAACAUAUGGAGGAGGGAGGGGGAAUAUGCAGAGCUGGAGAUAUGCGCAGAUAAGCACAUCCUGAGUACCGGUGAUGAGAAGACAAUGGUCCAUGUAUGCCUAGUCUGCCACCUGGCAUUGCCCGGAGGAAAGGCUUGGCAGAGUGAUUUGACAGGAUUAGGGUCUUGACACCUUGUUUGAGGGAUUAUGGAGGACAGGGAAGGUGUCAUGGAGUCCUAGAGAAAUUGAGCAAAUUGGCACGUUGAUUUUCUAUGAAUUUUAUAGAUUUUAGUCCCUUUUGACAUUGACAAUUGGACUCGGAAAUAAAUGGAUAUAUUGUAGCGAAGAAGGUGAAGAAGACAUGCCCCCUCCUUCCGUAUCAGUAUAAAAUGGAAGAAUGGUACAAAGAGGUGUGGAAUAUAGCUAUCCAUGAUAAAUUAACAUAUGCUAUUAAGAUGGGGAAUAUGCAGCAGAAAUGAUUUUGAGGAGAUAUGGAAGGUGUUUGCAGAAUUUGCACUGUUAAAAUGGAAAAGGUCAACCCAUCGCAAGAGGUGUUGAAAUUUGGGAGGCUGGAUAGUUAUAAUGGAAUGGUCUCGGGGUGAGGUGCACAUUUUUAUUCUUAUUUAUUUAUUAUUAUUACUUUGUCAUAAUAAAAAAUAAAAAGAAAUCAAAAGGGCUACUAACCACGUCGGCUAUGCUCUGUUUCCACAGAUGGAGGCAGCAAUGGUCCUGAAUACCAGUUGCUGGAAUAAGUAUUACCUCCAGCUGUGGAGGAAGAGCAGAGCCAUCCUGGCUCGUUGCCAUCCAUAGCCUUCUCUUCCUCCAUGAAUUUGUCUGAUCCUCUUUUAAAACCAUCCAGGUCGGCUGUCGUCACUGCCUCCUGUGGGAAAGAGGCUCUUCCUGUAGCUGAAGAGCCGGUAGGCCAGUCAGUGGGGAUGGCCAAGUGGAGGGCAAGUCAGAGGGCUGGACUUCAGUCCCAUUAGCAACUAUGCACCACCAUUGGCACAGGCACAGAUUCAGUCCCCUGCCCCAGGUGGGUGUUUGCUUUCAAUUUUAACCUUCCCACCUGGGACAAGAGUAGCCCAAGUGAAGGGCCCUGCUCCUUUCCUUUAAAGGGACAGCAAAACGGGUGUGUCAAGUGUUGGGAUGUCUUUGCUUAUUCCUAACCAUGUAUCCUAGGGAUGCGGGUGGCGCUGUGGUUUAAACCACUGUGCCCGUCAGGCUUGCCUAUCGGAAGGUCAGCGGUUUGAGGCCCCGCGACAGGGUGAGCUCCAGUUGUUCGGUCCCAGCUCCUGCUAACCUAGCAGUUCGAAAGCACACAGUGAAAGUAGAUAAAUAGGUACCGCUCCGGUGGGAAAGUAAACUGUGUUUUUGUGCGCUGCUCUGGCUUCGCCAGAAGCGGCUUAGUCAUGCUGGCCACAUAACCUGGAAAAACUGUCUGCGGAAGCGGACAAACGCCGGCUCCCUCGGCCUGUAAAGCGAGAUGAGUGCUGCAAGCCUAGAGUCAUUCGCGACUGGACCUAAAUGUCAGGUGUCCCUUUACCUUUAACCGUGUAUCCUAGCUGCUGCUGGUGCACCCUUCCAACUGUGUAACCUGUACUUUGAGCUGAUGCCGAGACCACCUGCUCAUUUCAUUAAUAAAACUUUGGGAUUUCCUGAGUUGGGAGCCUGAGUCUUUCAUCAGAGGGUGGGAACCAGCAGAGCUGUGAAUGCAUAAUGAAACCCUGAGAGGAGGCCAUAAAGAGACAAAACAGCCUAAACUACUGAUCCAGAGGGAAAUCUUGUGCUUUCAGAACCACUGGGGCCAUCUGCACACAGUGCGGCACUGAAGAAAGCUGCAUAAAUGCUCCCUCUACUCUUAGAGCACAUAAAGACAUAAGAAGAGUCUGCUGUGUCAGACCAAAGUCCAGGAUCCUGCUUCCCACAGGGAACAGCUAAGGGGUAGGACAUGCAAAGGCCGAUGGUUCCUCCUCCUGCUGUUGCCCCCGUGAAGUUAGCAUGUUUGUUUCAAGCGCCUGUUGCUCAGCACCAGAAGUGAGUAUCACCACUGGAUUACUCUGGCUGACACCCGGGACCUUCACUUGCCUUUGAGCACUGCACAGAGCCACAUAAUUUGGUUCUGUACUGGAUUUUGUUAGGCUAUUGCUUAGUGCAGGGAUAAAAAUACACCAGACCUUGAUGGUCUGGGGUCUUUCUUUCUAGAGGGUAAAAAUAUCAUUUGGGCACUCCUUUGUUAUUACUGGGAAAUUGGAAGGGGAGGGUGAGGGACCACCACCACCACGAGCCUUGCCUCUCCACACCACAAGGCAAAGACAAAGAGUCUGUUGCUUGCGACCUGGACCUGAACCUAAGGGAGUCAAGGUUAGGCGAUUGUGGGGUGCUCCAAGGACUCCCUAUUACAUUGCUAAGUGGAAAGUGGCUUACAAGUACUAUCUGAGUAAGUGAAAGAAAAUCUAAAGUACAAAGCAAUGCCCGUGAGCCUAUUAGUUUAAUGCAAUAACAAUACAGACCCCAACCGGGAGAAUGUGAGUUGGGGGUUUUUAAAGCACUGGAGGAUAUUGGACACACACUCAACAUUUUACUUUCUCUGUACUUUCUGUAAGCUGGUUUUUAGUAAAUAACGAUUUCAGAAAAUGACAUAUAUUUUGUUUAAAAAAUUACUGUAUCAAAAAUUGCAUGCCCAUUGACUAAGUGUAUGUGUGUGCAUGCAUAAGAAAGUAAUUAAUAAAAUAUGCCUUUUUAAAAUGCCAUAUACCAGCAGAAUGUGCAGGAAGUUCUAGGAAAGGGUAAUUUUAGAAUAAAGAUAAUGCACUUGUUGAACCCAUUUACUGGUGUACUUACCAUAAUGGCCAGAAAAUAUUGCCUCCCCUCCCCUCCAAAAAGAACUUGACAAACAGCAUCCGAGAGAACAAUGUCAUUCUGUUAGGAUAUUUUCAGAAUUAGGUGCAAGGGAACAUAUACAUAUAUACAGUUCCAGUAGGAAAUGCAAGAACAUCCUGUUUUCACAAUGGUGAAACAGAUGCCUGUUUCCAGUAACUGGCAUUCAGAAGCACUGCUGCCUCCAACUGCAGUGAUAGAAUGUUUUAUUCUAUGUCUUUGCCGCGGGAUCCCAUUCACCCAGUGCUUUACCAGCUGCACUGGCUCCCAGUGGAGUACAGGUUCAGGUUUAAGGUGCUGGUUUUAUGGCCUAGGACCCUCGUACCUACGGGACCGCCUCUCCUGGUAUGUCCCAUGGAGGACCUUACAGUCUGCAAAUAACAACACCCUGAAGAUUCCGGGCCCCAGGGAUAUUAGACUGGCCUUGACCAGAGCCAGGGCCUUUUUGGACGUGACCCCGGCCUGGCAGAAUGCUCUCUCACAAGAGACCAGGGCCCUGCAAGAUUUGACAUCCUUCCACAGGGCCUGCAAGCCGGAGCUGUUCCGCCAGGCCUUUGGUCAGGGUUCAGUCUGACUCUUUGUUUUCUCUUUGUAUAAGAACAAGCACGAAGGAGGUUUCCCAGCCUGCUCACAGGUCCUUAUAAUAUCAGUGGAAACAGUUGGUCCUGGCGAGUAUUAACCGCUUUCAAUUUCACUUGAGGAUUGUUAUUUGUCCAGUUUUAACUUUAACUUUAAUUUAUUUGAAUUCAUUUUGGGAUGCAUUUUAAUCAACUGAUUGCUUGUUUUUAUGCAUAUUGUAUUAUUUACAGUGGUGCCCCGCAAGACGAAUGCCUCGCAAGACGGAAAACCCGCUAGAUGAAAGGGUUUUCCGUUUUGGAGGUGCUUUGCAAAACGAAUUUCCUAUGGGCUUGCUUUGCAAGACGAAAAUGUCUUGCGAGUUCCUGCGGGGUUUUUUCCCUCCCCCCCCCUUUUCCCCCAGGCCGCUAAGCCGCUUAUCAGCUGAUCCGCUAAGCCGCUUAACAGCUGAUCACUAAGCCGCUUAUCAGCUGAUCCGCUAAGCUGCUUAACAGCUGAUCCGUUAAGCCACUAAGCCGCUUAUCAGCUGAUCCGCUAAGCCGCUUAACAGCUGAUCCGUUAAGACACUAAGCCUCUUAUCAGCUGAUCCGCUAAGCCGCUUAACAGCUGAUCCGUUAAGCCACUAAGCCGCUUAUCAGCUGAUCCGCUAAGCCGCUUAACAACUGAUCCGUUAAGCCACUAAGCCGCUUAUCAGCUGAUCCACUAAGCCCGCUAAGCCGCUAAUAGCGCUAAUCCGCUAAACCGCUAAUGGGCUUGCUUCGCAAGACGAAAAAACCGCAAGACAAAGAGACUCGCGGAACGGAUUCUUUUCGUCUUGCGAGGCACCACUGUAUAAGAUGUUAGCUACUCUGAGCCCAGCUCCGGCCGGGGAGGGUGGGGUACAAAUACAAAAUUAUUAUUAUUAUUAUUAUUAUUAUUAUUAUUAUUACAUGACAAGGGUUGGGGGUUGUUGGGGUGGGAAGAAAAUGUCAAUAAUAGAGACGUGGCUCAGCAGCAUCUAACAACGUUUAUCUCCCCGCUUUCUUCCAUGCAACUCAAGGCUGUGUCUGUAGGGAUACCCACUCCACUUGAUAUGAGAAUAGGGGAGACACUUGCCCAGAACACAUAGCUGCCCUUCACUGCACCAAAUGUCAAUUAUGAUAGAUGUGCUUCAGCCCCACUGGAACCAAUGUGGAAAGUUUAGCACAUGACUUAAGUCCUAUUUGAUUUCAGUGGCAGCUAAACACAAUUCACCGGAUGUAACCCAUACUAUUAAGAUUUUUCUAAGAAAGCAAUUUGUUCCAUGCAUUAUUUUCAAGUAAGCACAACUGUUUACCAUAUUAUGUAUUUUUGUGUUUUUAUAUUGUAAACUUCCCUGUGAUCCUCAGAUGAAGGUUGGUAUAUAAAUGUAAUUAAAACAAAAACAAAAAAUGAACUCAAUAGGGUUUACUGCCACAUAAACGAGCAGGUGCUUGGCCUGCUAGAAUGAAAUAUAGACUCACAGAAUUGUAGGGUUGGAAGGUAACACAAGGGUCAUCUAGUCCAUCCCCUUGCAAAGCAGGAAUCAAAGACCAAAAUAUCUCUGACAGAUGGCCAUCCAAUCUCUCUUUAAAAACACCCAGUGCAGGAGAGUCUGCCACUUUCCAAAAGAGUCAAUUCCACUGCUGAACAGCUCUUUCAAAAAGCUCUUCGUAAUGUCCUAUCCACCAGAGCAGCAGAAAACCAGCUUGGUCAAUCAUCCAUGAGAUGGACUUUUAGAUAUUUGAAGAUGGUCAUCAUAUCACCUCUGUCUUCUCUUCUUCAGGCAAAGCAUCCCCAAGUCUCUCAACUGUUCCUCGUAAGGCUUGGUUUCCGGACCCUUGUAAUGCCUAGCUUUCCCUAAGUCUACACCUAAGGGAAUCCCUAAUUUAUGCUAUUCAUACUGACACCUUUAAAGUUAUUUAGCAGGGGAAUGCUUUCGUUGUUGAGGAUGCACAAAGUUCACAUGCUGUCUCAAUUUCUGGCUCUUCCCUCCACUGCAGCCAGCAAGACUAUCCAUGUGCCAUGCCUCCCAUGAGUGAUGUCUGUAUUUAACGGGAGCUAUGCCACCCCCUACUCCUUUAUCCUGCUGGGUAUCCCUGGUCUGGAAGCGUCCUACUACUGGCUCUCCAUCCCUCUUUCUUCAAUGUAUGUCAUCACAUUGCUAGGAAACUGCACCAUACUGUAUACAAUCAAAACAGAGCAGAGCCUCCACAAGCCCAUGUACAUCUUCCUCUGCAUGCUUGCUAGCAUAGACCUGGUGCUCUCCACCUCCACCCUGCCCAAGAUGCUCUGCAUCCUCUGGUUCCGAGCUGGGGAAAUAGAUUUUGGUGCCUGCAUGGUCCAAAUGUUCUUCAUCCACUCCUUCUCCAUCAUGGAGUCGACAGUGCUUGUAGCAAUGGCCUUUGACCGUUACGUAGCUAUUUGCAAUCCUCUGAGAUACGACUCCAUCCUAACCAACCCACUGCUGGCCAAGAUUGGAGCAGGGGUCAUCCUGAGAGGCACAGUCUUCAUAAUCCCAAUCAUCAUCUUGGCAGCCCGUCUUCCAUACUGCAAGACCAACGUCAUCCCCCACACUUACUGUGAGCACAUGGCUGUGGUGAAGCUGGCCUGCUCAAGCAUCCUUGCCAAUGUUGUCUAUGGGCUUCUGGUGGCUCUCCUCGUAGUGGGGGUGGAUUUGCUGUUCAUCACUUUGUCCUACUGGAUGAUCGCCAGGGCUGUCAUGGCUCUGCCGUCAAAAGACGCCCGCUAUAAGGCUUUCAGCACCUGUGCACCUCAUGUGGUGGUGAUCCUGGUCUCCUACACCCCAGCUCUUUUCACCAUCUUAACACACAGGUUUGGCCAUCAUGUUCAGCCUCACGUUCACAUCCUUCUGGCCAACUUCUACCUCCUUUUCCCGCCCAUGCUGAACCCCAUUGUGUAUGGUGUGAAGACCAAGGAGAUCCGUGAACGAGUGACUCACAUAGUUCUCAGGAGGAAGCGACCUACAUAA